CUAGGGUCGAAGCGUCAGUAUCUAAUUGCCCUGCUGCCGCGUCCCUAGCCUCCCGGCUCUCAACCAUCUGAUUCUCCCGGGAGUUUGAUUGUCGCUGUCGCCUCUCCUGGGAUAGGACCAUGUCGCGCAGCUGUUGUCUUCCUCUCCCCCUCCUCACUCGGGGCUCGGCUCUUGCUUUGCUCUGUCUCUUACUGAGAACUUUUGAGAUCGAUACAUUGAGUCUUACUUUGAAGGACUCCCACAAUGCUACUUGUUUGCAUGCCCAAUGGCAGAUGAAUUUCACAAUAGAAUAUGAAACUGUAAACCAUGGCCUGAAAAACAUAACAAUUCAGGUCCCCGACAACGUAUCUUACAGUGGAAGUGAUUGUGGUACUGAGGACAAUGUUCCCCAAAUUAAAGUUCAGUUUGGAUCGGGUUUCUUUUGGAAUGUGAACUAUACCAGAAUGAAUCAUGUGUAUUUCGUUGACAACAUCUCCUUUUCCUAUGACACCAGCAAUAACGACACUUUUCCGGAUGCCAAAGAGAAAGGACAAGUAAGCACCUUUCUUGAGGUUGGUGAAGUUGAUGUUCCAAUGGAUGAACUCUUUAGAUGCCGUAGCUUAAUGACGGUAAAAGAAGGCAACGUCACUCACAACUAUUGGGAUAUUCUUGCACAAGCUUUUAUCCACAACAGUACGAUAAGCACCAGAGAGUAUGUCUGUGACAAAGAUAAAACUGUGCCAACUGUAUCAACGACCACCCUUACUACUGUGCCUGCUCCUACUUCAAAACCUAUCCCGGAAGAAAAACCCCAUCCUGGUACAUAUUCUGUUAAAAAUGGGAGUGCUGUUUGUCUCUUGGCCACUGUGGGGCUGCAGUUGAACAUCACCAAAGAUAAGGUUACUUCACUUUUGAACAUCAACCCCAAUACGACGGAUUAUAAUGGUGUGUGUCUUAAGGAAUCAGCCAUGCUUUGGUUGAAUGGCAGCAGCAUCGAGUAUCUCGCAUUUCUUUUUGCUAUAAAAAAUGGAAACCGAUUCUUUCUGAAAGGGGUGAAUGUCAGCUUGUCUUUUGUAAACGGUUCUGAUUUUGCUGCCGCGAAUAACGACCUUAACUGUUGGGAUGCCCCGAUAGGAAGCUCUUACAUGUGCAACAAGGAGGAGACUAUUGCAGUUUCUGACACAUUUCAAAUAAAGACUUUUGAUCUAAGGGUGCAACCUUUCAAUGUGAUGGGAGGAAAGUAUUCUACAGCCCAAGAAUGCUUUGCUGACUCUGACCUGAACUUUCUUAUUCCAAUCGCAGUGGGUGUGGCCCUUGGCUUCCUUAUAAUUCUUGUCUUUAUCUCCUAUAUAAUUGGAAGAAGGAAAAGCCACACUGGCUAUCAGUCUGUGUAAUCACUUCAUCCUUCAUUGGCUUUCAUUUCUAACCAACCAAAGUAAUGUGUUCGCUACAUGGUGUAGUAGUUUGUUGUUGUUGUUGUUGUUUUAGUCAAAAUCUCUUCCCUGCCAUGAGCUACUAGCCAACUUUAGUAUAAGUGAGCCUUGUCCAAAAACACUUGGGUUCUUUCUGUCCAAUCUGGAAUGUAAUUACAGAAGGAAAGAUUUACUCCUUAAAAUAUUGUCUCGUAUGGAUCCUGUGGAUGGAUGUAUUCCCCAGUAUUGCAGAGCCCAAACCAUCCAUGCACAACUCUUGUCUAGGUGCCUGAGCCAAUCUAAAGGGGGUCCAUCCACUGUGCUGGGGGGGGGGAGCCUUCUGGCUCUUGACAUUAGGCAACACCAUCACUUAUCCCUCGUUCUUGCUGGAUACUCAGCCCACCUCCUUUUGCAGUCCUCCAUCUCUUUCAUUUUCUCUUUUACAAAGCUUCAUGCAUGUAAUUCAUCUUUUGCAAUGUGCUGUGGCCCAUUUAUACCCACUCUGUGUCCGUCCCUUCAUUCCCCUUUGGUUGACCCUCAAUUCUGAUGCCUUGGAAAUUGAUUGAUUACAUGCUUCACUAUCAUAGCGCAUCGGUAUUAAGAAGAUGGGGUUUCAUUUCAGGGAGAAGCUUGGAGUCAUUGAAAGCUGACACAAUUUCCCACAGUUGAUGCAGGAGCUCUUAAGACAGUCAAUUUCUCAAUAAGCAUUUUAUUAAGCACUUACUACGUGCCAGGCCAGGGUGCUAGGCUGUUGAUGCAAAGAAAAGCAAACAAACGAGUCCCUGCCCUAAGGAAAUCCACAUUCUAAUGAAUCAUAAAGUUAUGGCUGGAAGGGACCGUCAAGGUCAUUGAGUCCAACCUUUUCAUCUUUCAGAUAAAGAUACUUAAACCCGCUGAGAGGAAAUAGAGGAAAUGAACCAAUGUGGGAUGGUAGAAAGAGGGCAGAACUUGGAAUUAGGGAAGGUGGGUUCAAAUCCCGCCUCAGAAAUUUACUACCUGUGUGUACUUGGACUGAGUCAUUUCACUUUUCUAAGCCUCAGUUUCCCUAUGUGUAAAAUAAGGGGGCUAAAUCUGAUGAUCCCUUAAAGUGACUAUUUCAUGAUUCUGCUGAAAUCUUGCUACUUUUCCCAACACACUUUGACACUCCCCUCACCCCAACGAGCAGGAAUGCUAUUACAGAAUUAAGUUACUGCAGGAAGAAAUGGAAUCUUGUUCAGUUUCACUGGUGUCUAACUUUAAAAUUGGUUCAUGACAAUAAUUCCUUCCCCAGCCCCAAGAAGAUCAUUUCUAUUUUUCCACAAUGAAACAUUGGUCACUAUAUUGUGAUCUAUAGUAAAAACCUGGCUAUUUUCUUUCUUACUAUGAUCUGUUCGUUGUUUAUCAUCAUCAUUAUUAAAUAAACAUUAUAUUAUCACAUCCUCUAACAAGGAAAAUUGUGCCCUGCUGAAUAUGGAACAAAUUGAUUAUCUCACACUUGACCCCUUAAUUAAGAAUAACCUUUGUCGAUUUUUUAGGUGUUACUUUUUCUAAUUGAGCAGUCUGUUUCCCUGGAACCCCAACUUAACUCAGAAAACCAAGUUCCCAUCUCUCAAUUUAUGCAGUGCUUUGUGCAUAUAUCUAUAUGUCCAAAAAGUUCUUUCAUUUAGAGCCUUUUUUUGCAUGUAUUUUGGUUUCUUUUCUCUAAGCAGCUAGUGCUCAUUCCAGGGAUGACAGGUACACUAUACCAGAGCUUCUUAAACUUUUUCCAUUCUCAACUCCUUUUUCUCCAAGAAAAUUUUACUUGACCCCCUGGUAAAUAGGUAUAAAAAUAAGUAUACAUAACUUCUUACUAAAAAAAAUAUACAUAACAUCUUACUGUUGCCGAAUUUUUCACGACCCCCAUAUUCAGUUAUGUGGCCCCAUAGGGGGUUGGGACCCACAGUUUAAGAAGCUAGGCACUAGACUCCUUGUUCAGGAUCCGGCUGUUCUGGGAAUUUGUUUCACCUGAAUUAUGUCUCUGUAGCAACCCCAUUUGGCUCCAGCCUUGUGGGGUAAGCUACUCCCAGCCCCAUAUUUGCUUCGCUCUGAUGGAUUAUUACCUUGUCCCUAUAAGUUUCCCUUGCUUUGUCAUCACCACAGGCCUGUGGUUUCACUCCUGCUUUUGUACAGAACACACCCCUUUCACAUCUUCUUGGACUGUGCAGCUCUUGUCUAUAUUCUCCCAUAAAUCCCUGGCCACAUGCAAAUUUGUGGAGCUUUGAAUGCUUUUUUAAAUGUACUCUCCAUUCUAGUGACACUGGCACAAGGUUGCAUUUCCCACCUCCAAGCCUUUGCAUCCGCUGUCCCCCAUGUCUAGAAUGCACUCCUUCCUCACCUUCACCUCUUGGAAUCCCAAGCUUCCUUCUAAGCACAACUCAGGUGCCACCUGAGGCCUUUCCUGAUGCCCCCCCCCGUUGUUAGCCCCCUCCCCUCCCUACAAUUACUUUGUAUAUACUUCUUACUUCUCUGUGUCCAUGUUAUCUCCUCCCAGGAGAAUGUACGCUCCUUGGGGGCAGGGACUGUUCGGUUUUUUUGUCUUUGUAUCCCAGUGCUUAGAACAAUACCUGGCAUACUAUAGGUGCUUAAUAAAUGUUGAAUUGAAUUACACCACAUUGGGUUGUUUCUUCUCUCUGGGCCUCAGUUUCCCAUUCUGUAAAAUGAUGGAGUUAGACUGGAUGACCUUCAAGGACCCUUCCAGGUGUAAAUGAAUGUCAGCAGGACUGCUUUGCAUGUCUCUCAGUAGCACCAGAAAGAUGUUUGUUUUACCAAGAUACCUCUCUGUGGGUAACUCAGGACAAAAAAAAAUGCCCCAAAGAUGACUCCAUUGGGCUUCUUCUUAGUUUAAAGACAGAAUUUCACCUUACACUUUAUUUAAGUCCAAAGCUACCUCUCAGCACAAUGCAUAUGGUCAUCCUUUUAUUUCCACCAUUAAUCAGUUCUAAAAACAUUAGUCAACUAUUGCGGUUAUGGAAAUGGUUUCUUCCCCAGCUGAAAAACCACAGAGCUUCUCAGUCAUCUUUCUCUGCUGCUUUGCUUGACUUAUAGCCUUUAAAGGCCUACCUCCCAAUUUAGGACAGAACAUUAGCUUGUUUAAUUAUAUCUCCUUUUGAGCACUCUAACUAUGGCCUACUGAUUUAAGCAUCUGUCUUGUCAGUGCAUGGACACAAAGAAUUUUUCCCUCAGAAGCCUCCUUUUGAGAAUGUUCCCAAGUGGAAGAUGCCAAGAGUUUUGGUCAAUGUGAUAGCACUGUUUCAGUAAAUAUAUGUGACACGAGUGCCUGAGAAGCCAGAUUAAUCAAAUCAUCUGUUGACCUUGAUAAAACUUUCACUUUAAAAUGUUUUUGGAGGGCAGUUAGGUGGCACAGUGGAUAGAGCACUGGCCCUGGAUUCAG